GGGCUGCUGGAGCGGCCAGUUGUCACCCCUUCGCCGUUGCGCGGAGGCCGCCGGCCCGUCCGCCACCAUGCCGCGGUACGCGCAGCUGGUGAUGGGCCCAGCGGGCAGCGGGAAGAGCACGUACUGCUCCACCAUGGUGCAGCACUGCGAAGCGCUGGGCCGCGCCGUGCAGGUGGUCAACCUGGACCCGGCGGCAGAACUCUUCACCUACCCCGUCAUGGCAGACAUCCGAGAGUUAAUAGAAGUGGACGAUGUCAUGGAAGAUGAAUCCCUAAGGUUUGGUCCCAAUGGCGGCUUGGUGUUUUGCAUGGAAUACUUUGCCAAUAACUUUAAUUGGCUAGAGGAAAGCCUUGGGCAUGUGGAGGAUGACUAUAUAUUGUUUGAUUGCCCAGGUCAGAUUGAACUCUAUACACAUCUGCCAGUGAUGAAACAGCUGGUAGAGCAGCUUCAGCAAUGGGAAUUCCGUGUCUGUGGAGUUUUUCUUGUGGAUUCACAGUUUAUGGUGGAAUCCUUUAAGUUUAUCUCUGGAAUUCUGGCAGCACUCAGUGCAAUGAUAUCUUUAGAGAUUCCGCAGAUUAACAUCAUGACCAAAAUGGAUUUGCUGAGCAAGAAAGCCAAGAAGGAAAUAGAAAAGUACUUGGAUCCAGAUAUGUAUUCUAUGAUUGAAGAUUCUACAAAUAUAUUGAAAAGCAAAAUGUUUAAAAAACUGACUAAAUCUAUAUGUGGAUUGAUUGAUGACUAUGGCAUGGUUCGAUUUCUGCCUUUUGAUCGCUCUGAUGAGGAAAGUAUAAACAUAGUUCUGCAGCACAUAGACUUCACCAUUCAGUAUGGAGAAGAUCUGGAAUUUAAAGAACCAAAGGAAGUUGAAGAGGAUAAAUCUGCUCUUGUGGAUGAAUACUUUCAAGAUCACGUGGAUGAGUAAAAAGUGGAUGCUCAAAACUGGAAGGAAAAUACAUUUCUUAAAAAAUGGGGUGGAGGGAACCCACACCUACACAGCCACACUUGAUGUUUUUUAUGUGUAAAAUAAGAUUUAUAGUGAACUAUAUGACCUUGUGACUAUUUUAAUAAACAAUUUUUUAUUAUUAAGUGUGUGUGUCAAUAUAGGUUAGUGUUAGCACAUAAAAAUUCCCCACAUACAGAUCUGUCUCAUCUAAGCAUAGGAAUGCUUGGAAAAAAAACCUAUUUGCAAAAGAGGCAAAGUUGGAUGUAAGUAUGUUGUAAUAAAUAUUUCUCUCCUGCCAUGGGUAGUUAGUGUCAUUAUUAAAUGAGAGAAAGAGUUGAUCUAAAGGGUGCAAAUUGUGCUUCAUGAACCUGAAUUAGAUAAAAAGUUUACUGGCAACCUCCAAGGGACAUCUGGUCAGUGAGUGGUCUCUCACUUUUCUUGAGGAACAUCAGUGUUCCACAUUCACUUUGGAGGAGCCUAGAUUUUAAGCUUUAAGGCUGGUUUUCAUACAAAUUGCACAUGGA